AUGACUAUUGUUACGAAUUUCAUUUCAGAGACACUGGGAUCACAGAGUCAGCAAACUAGAACAAAGAAAGAUCAGCAAAACUUAGAAACCAAAUUUCGACUCUAUACAGAUACAACUGAAGGCGUCUGUCAGAUUUUUUUAAAUCAGUUGGAAACUCUUGAGAAAUGCAGUUUCAAUGCGUCUCUUCCUCUGGUGAUGAUAGUCCAUGGCUGGUCGGUGGAUGGGAUGUUAGAAGGUUGGAUUUGGAAAAUGGCAGCAGCUCUGAAAUCUCAGCACAAACAAACUAACGUGGUCAUUGCAGACUGGCUUACAUUUGCUCACCAGCACUAUCCCAUUGCUGUACAGAAUACACGCUACAUAGGACAGGAGAUAGCAGACUUCCUGGAAUGGUUGGAGGAAUCCAUUCAAUUUUCCAGAAGCAAUGCUCAUCUAAUUGGGUACAGCCUAGGAGCUCAUGUUUCAGGAUUUGCUGGAAGUUUUAUCAGUGGUACAAACAAGAUUGGAAGAAUUACAGGCCUUGACCCUGCCGGUCCCUUGUUUGAAGGAAUGUCACCAACAGACCGUUUAUCUCCAGAUGAUGCAAACUUCGUAGACGCAAUUCAUACAUUCACUAAACAGCACAUGGGUCUUAGUGUUGGCAUCAAGCAGCCCGUGGCUCAUUUUGACUUUUAUCCCAAUGGAGGUACCUUUCAGCCUGGCUGUCACAUCAUGCAUGUGUAUAACCACAUUGCACAAUACGGAAUCACUGGUAUCACUCAAACUGUGAAAUGUGCCCAUGAGAGGUCAGUUCAUUUGUUCAUCGACUCUCUGCUUCACAAGGAUAAGCAAAGCACAGCAUACUGGUGCAACGACAUCAACACUUUCAACAAAGGAAUGUGUCUCAGCUGUAGAAAGAACCGGUGCAACACACUGGGCUACAACAUUCGGGAGGAAAGGCUCCCAAAAAGUAGACAACUCUUUUUGAAAACAAGAGCACAUAUGCCUUUCAAAGUCUAUCAUUAUCAGUUCAAGAUCCAGUUCAUCAAUGAAAUCCAAGGCAAGCAGAUAGACCCAACUUUUACCAUGUCUCUGACAGGCACUAAGGAAGAUGCUAAAAAUCUGCCCAUCCCACUAUUUGAAGGUAUUAAUGGGAAUAAAACCUACUCUUUUCUCAUCACCCUGGACACUGAUAUUGGUGAGCUAAUAAUGAUCAAGUUCAAAUGGGAAGGAGCUGCAGUUUGGGAAAAUAUAUGGGACACAGUUCAAACCAUAAUACCGUGGACAAAAGGCACUCGUCGACCAGGACUUAUAGUGAAGACAAUAAGAGUGAAAGCAGGGGAAACACAGCAAAAAAUGACAUUUUGUUCUCAAAGCAUUGACAACAUUCACCUUCAUCCAGCCCAAGAGAAAACAUUGGUGAGGUGUGAAGAUCGCUUUCGGAGACAAAACUGAAAAUGAGCAGGAA